AGGAGUUCGUGCGGAAGGUUUCUUGCUCUUAAAAUACCACGCAGAAAUUGUAGAAACGGCCCUAUUUUGCUGGGUAACUAGCGCAAACCAAGCUUAUCAGGCUUUUUAACGUAGAAUCAAACAGCUCAACGCUGCCGGCAAGAUAGCAUCUGUUACUAUAGAAACCGACGGUCUGAUAGAAUCCCGUCUUCAGCAUGGGUAUCUUGGAGAAAAUCUCGGACAUCGAGAAGGAGAUAGCGAAAACACAGAAAAAUAAAGCAACCGAGUACCAUCUGGGUUUGCUGAAGGCGAAGCUGGCCAAGUACCGGUCACAGCUGCUGGAACCGUCGAAGAAGGGUGAGAAGGGUGAUGGAUUCGAUGUGCUCAAGUCGGGAGAUGCCCGUAUCGCGCUAAUUGGGUUCCCUUCGGUCGGUAAAUCGACGUUACUGUCGACGUUGACCAAAACCGAAAGUGAAGCAGCCAACUACGAAUUCACGACGCUCACCUGCAUCCCGGGUGUGAUUGAGUAUAAGGGCGCUAAUAUCCAGUUGCUCGAUUUGCCCGGUAUUAUUGAGGGUGCAGCGCAGGGUAAGGGUCGUGGUCGACAGGUUAUUGCCGUGGCCCGUACAGCCGAUCUGGUGCUGAUGAUGCUGGACGCCACCAAACCGAACGUGCAUCGUGAUCUGCUAGAGUACGAGUUGGAAUCAGUCGGGCUGCGGUUGAACAAGCGGAAACCGAACAUUUACUUUAAGAUCAAAAAGGGUGGUGGCGUUAGCUUCAAUGCGACCUGCCCACUAACGCGCUGCAACGAAAAGAUGGUCCAAACGAUACUGCACUCGUUCAAGAUCUUCAACGCGGAAGUGCUGUUUCGGGAGGAUUGUACGGAAGACGAGUUCAUUGACGUUGUGUCUGGCAAUCGGAUCUAUCUGCCGUGCAUCUACGUGUACAACAAGAUCGAUCAGAUCUCGAUCGAGGAGGUGGAUCGACUCGCGCGCCAACCGUACUCGGUAGUGGUAAGCUGUAACAUGCAUCUCAAUCUGGACUAUCUGUUGGAAGUGCUAUGGGAACAUCUGCAGCUGAUUCGGGUGUACACCAAAAAGCCGGGUGCACCACCAGACUUUGAUGACGGUCUAAUUCUUCGAAGGGGUGUUACCGUGGAACACGUGUGUCACGCCAUUCAUCGUACACUAGCAGCCCAAUUCAAGUAUGCUCUCGUUUGGGGCACAUCGACGAAAUAUUCUCCCCAGCGAGUUGGCAUAUCGCACGUCAUGAACGAUGAGGAUGUUAUUCAGGUCGUUAAAAAAUAAUCCCUUCCAAAACAGCAAUGUUCUGCCCAACCGUGGUUCCAUGAUGGAGGUUUUGGCUUUGCAAAAUAAGCGCAAGAGGACGCUAAAGAAUGAACUGACACUGAUUUCUUUUGUCGUAAUUUGCCUUUCAGUUACUCGUUAUAAUAAAUAUAAACAAGAACAGUCGUAACUACUAGAACUGGUAACAGUAAUUUAAAAUAUUACUCACCUCCAUAUUUACGUACUCUCUAUACACAGUUCGUUCGUUU